CGCGCGGCCUCUGGGGUCGCUCCGGGUCGCGCGCGGAGCAGGGGCUGGAGGGAAGGGUCCGCCUCCAGGGCUGGCCAGCGCCUGCGCUACGGGGCUCCCGUCAGGACGCGCAUUCUCGUACCCUCCCUCAGCUGCGCGCGCCCGGUGGGCGUGGGAGGAGGCGGGGAACCGGGGCGGGGUGGGUGUCGCAGGACAGAAGGAGCAAACCGGAGAGCGUCGUCCUGAGAGGAGUGAAGGCGGCAAAAUGGCGGACCGCUUCUCCCGCUUCAACGAGGACCGAGACUUUCAGGGCAAUCACUUUGAUCAAUAUGAGGAAGGACACUUGGAAAUUGAACAAGCAUCACUUGACAAGCCUAUAGAAUCGGAUAAUAUUGGACACCGCUUACUCCAGAAACAUGGGUGGAAGCUGGGCCAGGGAUUGGGAAAAUCUCUUCAGGGGAGAACAGAUCCCAUUCCAAUCGUUGUCAAGUAUGAUGUCAUGGGCAUGGGUCGCAUGGAAAUGGAGCUUGAUUAUGCUGAAGAUGCUACCGAACGGCGCCGUGUCCUAGAAGUGGAAAAAGAAGACACAGAAGAACUGAGACAAAAGUACAAGGAUUAUGUUGACAAAGAGAAGGCAAUUGCCAAAGCCUUGGAAGACCUCAGAGCCAACUUUUACUGUGAACUCUGUGAUAAGCAGUAUCAGAAACAUCAGGAAUUUGAUAACCAUAUCAACUCCUAUGAUCAUGCACACAAGCAGGAAGGCACACAGGAUUAUUAUGAAUCUGAGAUAAUAGCUGAUGUAUUGAAAGCAAAUCCUUCUAAUUUGGGAGCCCAGAUCACAAGAAGAUUAAAAGAUCUCAAGCAGAGAGAGUUUGCUCGAAAUGUCUCUUCAAGAUCCCGCAAGGAUGAGAAAAAACAGGAAAAAGCCCUUCGGCGGCUCCAUGAGCUGGCAGAGCAAAGAAAACAAGCUGAAUGUGCACCUGGAAGUGGUCCCAUGUUCAGACCAACCACAGUGGCUGUAGAUGAAGAAGGUGGAGAAGAUGAUAAGGAUGAAUCAGCUACAAAUAGUGGCACAGGUGCCACUGCCUCUUGUGCCCUGGGAUCUGAAUUCUCCACAGAUAAAGGAGGCCCUUUCACUGCAGUACAAAUCACUAAUACCACUGGAUUGGCACAGCCUCCUGGGUCAGCCUCCCAAGGCAUCAGCUUUGGCAUUAAGAAUAAUCUGGGGACCCCAUUGCAAAAAUUGGGAGUGUCAUUUUCUUUUGCCAAGAAGGCUCCUGUCAAACUUGAAUCGAUAGCAUCAGUUUUCAAGGACCACGUGGAGGAAGGGACCUCUGAAGAUGGAACAAAACCUGAUGAGAAGGGUUCUGACCACGUACUGCAGAAGGUAGGAGACUCUGAUGGUAGCAGUAAUCUUGAUGGUAAAAAAGAGGAUGAAGACCCUCAGGAUGGAGGGUCCCUUGCCUCAACAUUAUCCAAAUUAAAAAGGAUGAAGCGAGAAGAAGGAGCUGGGGCUACAGAGCCCGAGUAUUACCACUACAUCCCCCCAGCACACUGCAAAGUAAAACCUAAUUUUCCCUUCCUACUUUUUAUGAGAGCCAGUGAACAAAUGGAAGGUGAUAAUAGUACACACCCAAAGAAUGCCCCAGAGAGUAAAAAAGGCAGUUCUCCCAAGCCUAAAAGCUGCAUCAAGGUGGCAGCAAGCCAAGAAGCAGAAAAGACUAUUAGUGAAGUCUCUGAGCAGCCAAAGGAAACCAGGAUGACCGAGCCCUCAGAACCGGGAAGCAAAACUGAGGCAAAGAAAGCCUUAGGAGGGGAUUUAAGUAAUCGAAGUUCAGAGAGUCAUAGUCAGAAGGUUUCAGAGACCCAAAUGUGUGAGUCCAACUCUUCCAAAGAAACCUCUCUGGCCACCCCAGCAGGGAAAGAAAGCCAAGAAGGACCCAAACAUCCUACUGGUCCCUUUUUCCCAGUUUUGAGCAAAGAUGAAAGCACUGCCCUCCAGUGGCCAUCAGAACUAUUAAUUUUCACCAAGGCAGAACCAUCCAUUUCAUACAGUUGUAACCCUUUAUAUUUUGACUUUAAACUUUCAAGGAACAAAGAUGCCAGAACUAAAGGGACAGAAAAGCCAAAGGAUAUUGGAAGCUCCUCAAAGGAUCAUCUCCAAGGCCUAGAUCCUGGUGAGCCAAAUAAAAACAAGGAAGGGGGUGGAGAGAAAAUAGUACAUUCCUCAGGAGGCAGAAUGGAUGCACCUGCUUCAGGGUCUGCCUGUAGCAGCCUGAACAAGCAGGAGCCUGUGGGUAGCCAUGGGUCUGAGACAGAAGACACAGGGAGAAGCCUUCCCAGCAAGAAAGAACGAUCUGGGAAGUCCCACCGGCAUAAAAAGAAAAAGAAACACAAAAAAUCCAGCAAACACAAACGUAAACACAAGGCUGACACAGAAGAGAAAAGCUCUAAGGCAGAAUCAGGGGAGAAAUCUAAGAAGCGCAAGAAACGAAAACGAAAGAAGAAUAAGUCAUCAGCCCCAGCAGAGUCUGAACGAGGACCUAAACCAGAACCCCCUGGGAGUGGCAGUCCUGCACCACCAAGAAGACGGCGGCGAGCUCAAGAUGACUCCCAGCGAAGAUCCCUCCCAGCUGAAGAGGGGAGCAGUGGCAAAAAGGAUGAAGGUGGGGGCGGUAGCAGCUCCCAAGACCAUGGUGGGAGGAAACACAAAGGUGAACUUCCAUCUUCAUCCUGCCAGCGAAGAGCAGGCACCAAACGGAGCAGCCGGUCUAGCCAUCGGAGCCAACCCAGUAGUGGAGAUGAAGAUAGUGAUGAUGCUUCAUCACACCGGCUACACCAGAAGUCUCCAUCCCAGUACAGUGAGGAAGAGGAGGAAGAUUCAGGCAGUGAGCAUUCCCGAAGCCGCUCGAGGUCUGGCCGGCGCCAUUCCUCACAUCGUUCCUCCCGGCGUUCUUAUUCAAGUAGCUCAGAUGCCUCCUCAGACCAGAGCUGCUAUAGUAGACAGCGCAGUUACUCUGAUGACAGCUACAGUGACUAUAGUGACCGAUCACGAAGGCACUCCAAACGUUCCCAUGACUCAGAUGACUCAGACUAUGCCAGCUCCAAACACCGAUCCAAACGGCACAAAUAUUCGUCUUCUGAUGAUGACUAUAGCCUCAGUUGCAGCCAGUCCCGAAGCCGAUCUCGGAGUCAUACCAGAGAGCGCUCAAGAUCCCGGGGCCGCAGCCGCAGCAGUAGUUGUAGUCGUAGUCGGAGCAAGCGGAGAAGCCGUAGCACUACAGCCCACAGCUGGCAAAGGAGCCGGAGCUAUAGCCGGGACCGCAGCCGCAGCACCAGGAGCCCUUCCCAGAGAUCAGGCUCCAGGAAGGGAUCGUGGGGUCACGAGAGCCCUGAGGAGAGGCAUUCUGGGCGUCGGGACUUCAUUCGUUCUAAGAUCUAUCGCUCCCAGUCCCCCCACUAUUUCCGAUCAGGCCGGGGAGAAGGUCCCGGGAAGAAAGAUGAUGGCAGAGGAGAUGACAGUAAAGGGACAGGUCCACCUACCCAAAACAGCAACAUUGGCACAGGAAGAGGGUCAGAAAGCGACUGCAGUCCUGAAGACAAGAACUCUGUCACUGCCAAACUGCUACUGGAGAAGAUCCAGUCAAAGAAAGUGGAGAGGAAACCUAGCGUGAGUGAGGAGGUGCAGACCACCCCUAAUAAAGCUGGGCCCAAGCUCAAAGAUCCCCCACAAGGUUACUUUGGGCCCAAGCUCCCCCCAUCUCUUGGCAAUAAACCUAUCCUUCCACUGAUAGGGAAGCUCCCAGCUACCCGAAAGCCCAACAAAAAAUGUGAAGAGUCUGGCUUGGAAAGGGGGGAAGAGCAAGAACAGUCAGAGAUGGAAGAAGGGCCCACAGGGAGUAGUGAUCCCCUUUUUGGGCAUCAGUUCCCUUCAGAGGAAACAACUGGCCCCUUAUCAGAGCCACCUCCAGAAGAGCCAAAGUCUGAAGAAGCUACUGCUGAUCACCCUGUGGCUCCGCUAGGCACCCCAGCACACUCUGACUGCUACCCUGGGGACCCAACCAUCUCCCUUAACUACCUCCCCGACCCCAGUGACGGAGACACCCUGGAGUCCCUGGAUAGCAGCAGUCAACCAGGCCCUCUGGAAUCCAGCUUGCUGCCUAUAGCACCAGACCUUGAGCAUUUUGCCAGUUAUGUGCCUCCCAGUGGAGAUCCUAGUAUUGAGUCAACAGAUGGGGCUGAGGAUGCUUCACUGGCCCCCCUGGAGAGCCAGCCCAUCACCUUCACCCCUGAGGAGAUGGAGAAGUACAGCAAGCUCCAACAGGCUGCACAGCAACACAUCCAACAGCAGCUUCUGGCCAAGCAAGUAAAGGCCUUUCCAGCCUCAGCUGCGCUGGCCCCAGCCACACCAGCCCUGCAGCCCAUCCACAUUCAGCAGCCAGCUACAGCCUCUGCCACCUCCAUCACAACUGUUCAGCAUGCCAUCCUACAACAUCAUGCUGCAGCAGCUGCUGCUGCCAUUGGCAUUCACCCCCACCCCCAUCCCCAACCACUUGCCCAGGUGCAUCAUAUUCCCCAGCCCCAUCUGACUCCCAUUUCCUUGUCCCACCUCACUCACUCAAUCAUCCCUGGCCACCCUGCCACCUUUCUCGCUAGCCAUCCCAUCCACAUCAUUCCUGCCUCAGCCAUCCAUCCUGGGCCGUUCACCUUUCACCCUGUCCCACAUGCUGCCCUCUACCCCACCCUACUUGCCCCACGGCCUGCUGCAGCAGCUGCCACCGCCCUCCACCUUCACCCACUACUUCACCCCAUCUUCUCAGGUCAGGACCUGCAGCAUCCUCCCAGCCAUGGCACAUGAGUUGGGGAUGGGAUCCUAUGUAGGGCCAGGGAAGGAGAACCAUAAAUGUUCCCUUGGGGGUGUUGAGCCAUUAAUACCAGCAAAUAGAAGCUGGGAUGGGCAGUGUCUGGCAGCCAAAGAAUUGAGUUUUGGCUUGCAGGGGUGGGUUUAGAUUUGAAGUUUGCUUUGAGUUUACUAUCAGGGAUUUCUUUUUUCCUGUCAUCCUCUCAAUUUGUCUCUCCCUCUCCUGUGUUUCCAAGCUAGGGAACACCAGUAAGUGCUACCCACCCCUCUGCAGCAACAUCUCCUAACUGUCAAGUUUAGAUAAUUCCUUCCUCCUUUUGCUUUUUAUCCUCUGCUCUUCCCUUCUGUAAAUUUUUAAACAUUUUCCUCCUCUCUGGGCAGUGGGUUGUCACCAAAGCACUUGCUGUGGGCCCGUCUGAUCUUGCCUUCUCAGUGCCACAAGGAAGGCCAAGUUGUUCUCGUGGUGAAAGUGCCACCACUUUGGGGUAGUAUCUUUGACCAUCCUUGGUGACCUUAUGUUACCCCAGGUGAGAUGGAAAGGGAGUCUGACCUGGAACCUGAUGCAACUCAGGCUGCAAUUCGAUCCAGCCCCACAUAAAUGGAGCCACACAUUUGGCACUGUUAUCCUGAUGUCCCUCACUCCAGAGGAGGCAUCUCCAUAUCCCAGAAAAGGAGAUCCUAUCAUGAAUAGAAGCUCUGCGGAAUAUACAGUUGCCCAUGUGCUUUCCCAGAGAGGAGUUCAUGUGUCUGAAGUGAAGGGUAUAUUUUCUUGUUGUGUUGAUGUUUCCUUUUUAAUUUAUAGGAUUUUUUAAUGUAAAAAAUUGCACUGAACUCUAUAAACGUAAAUGCUGCUUUUUGUAGCUCAUAUAAGAAAGGUUCCAUAUUUGUAGUAUACUGCAAUAAUAUUUUUUACAUCCAGCUCUUUAAGUGAUCCUCGUUCUGGUGGCUUUGUGUAAAUAUGUUUGCCUUAGUUGAAUUAAGAAACUUUAAAGGUUAUAAAAUGAAAACAAAAAAUAAAAGUAUUUGUUUUCUGCUAGGUGCAAAAGUGACUAAGCAUGUAUAUUUUACCAAGCUCCUGUAUUUUUUGAAGUUAAGAACUAUAAAAUGUUAAAACAUUUUUUGUUGGGACAAAAUGUUAAGUAAUUUGUAGUAAGUAGUGCCCCCAGUAUUGGGAUUUUUGAGCUAAUGGGCAGCGGUCAGCUUGGGGCUUCCAAGGGAGGCUCAUCUUUGACAGUCUCCCUUGGGUACUUUUGUUGUUUUACACAGAGAAGCCAGUGGACCCCACAGAAGAGAAGGAGGGGACUCAACAGCUUUAUUGACUGAAUCUCACUGCAGUGACAUGCCGUGAUUUUCUGGGGGGAUCCUGGGUUUCCCUGAGUAACUUGUUCCAGGCAGUCAGUCUGUUUGCCUUCCUAGUACUUAGCCUCCUCUGACAGUUUUUUUUUUUUUUAAUGUGCCUUUUGGGUUGUUAGAAACCGAAGUAGAAGUAGACUGGAGGAUGAGUUGGAACAGUCUUCUUCCUUUUAUUGGGAGGUGAGCACAUUUAUAGAUACUUCAAAUUAUUUUGCUUCAUAGUUUCCACGUCCUCUGCCCAGCUCAGUUUAAGCAGUAAACGUUCCUUGUUUCUUUUCUCCCAUGACACUGACCAGCGUAAUUACCACCUAAGCCUCUUUCACCCCUCUCCUUGCCUUUCAUCCAGGCCCUCAGCCCUAAUUAACACACUGACCCAAAGGUGCUUGUAUUGCAGGUUCCAUCUCCUUUGAUGAGUUUAACAAUUCCCUCUGUGGCAUUUUCCUAACUAUUCGUGUAGCUAGAAUUGGCUGGGUGGUCACUUGGUAAGAAAAACUUCACUUACCUGGGCUAAGGCUCUGUGUUCCUGCCUUCUCAAAUUCUCAAAAGAGAAAGGUUUUGAGUUUAUGAGAAGAAAGUGCCAGGCAAACACAACUCUUGACUGCCCUCCCACCCUCCUACCUAUUCAGUGCUCCUCGUCUGAUUCAGAAGCAUCACUUCUUGGAUAACUAGCACUGGAAAAGCAACAUCAUCUGUGUAAUUGAAGGGACUCAUUUUUCUUUGCUUUCAGCCCAUGUAAAUAUUUAAAUAAUACAGUAUUAACAUUUUGUGCUGCUUCCCAUUAGCUUGUAGAUUGAGCCAUACUCUGGCUGCCUCUUUGCCUUCCUAGGGGCAUUUUCCUUAACUUCCAGAAUAGUGAUUUUAAAACUUAAAAAAACAAACAAAAUAACCUAUCCUUACUUACAAGCAUAACAGAUUGUAUUUAACUUUAUCACAUAUGAUAGAGAUAUAUGCUGUAAAAUGAGGGAAAGGAACUUUCUAAUAAACCAAUGAUUUGUGGAAA